GAAAAAAAAAAAAGAUAGUCACGGUUCUUCGCGUUUCCCAAUACAAAGACGCAGAGAUAUCGUGAUCUCUUUAUCACUUCCGGCUAUCUCUCUCUCCGACGUUCAAUGGACGCCGUGAUACACGCUUGUCCCCUCUCCAUCACACGCCUACGCGCAUCUCCCUCAGCUUCUCCGCCGAGAUUCCUCUCCAUCCUUCGUGGCCACCACUUCACCUUCUCUCCCACUCUCAGCUCCUCCUUCUCCAAAUCCUGGAGUCCUUCAGCUUCAGCCGCAAGCUCCACGUUGAUGGCGAGUUCAUCUUCGCCAAGAAGUGCAGUGUACACUGUUGGUGAGUUCAUGACCAAGAAGGAUGACUUGCAUGUGGUCAAACCUACCACUACUGUUGAUCAAGCUCUGGAAAUCCUUGUGGAGAAUAGGAUUACAGGGUUUCCUGUGAUAGACCAAGACUGGAAGCUGGUUGGGCUUGUUUCAGAUUAUGAUUUGUUGGCUUUGGACUCCAUCUCUGGUAGUGGAAGUACAGAAAAUGCCAUGUUCCCUGAGGUUGACAGCACCUGGAAAACUUUCAACGCAGUGCAAAAGCUACUAAGCAAAACCAAUGGGAAGCUUGUUGGAGAUUUAAUGACACCAGCUCCAGUUGUUGUUGAGGAAAAUACCAACCUCGAAGAUGCUGCGAAAAUAUUACUGGAGACCAAAUAUCGCCGGCUCCCUGUGGUAGAUUCUGAUGGCAAAUUGGUUGGUAUAAUCACAAGAGGAAACGUGGUUAGAGCCGCACUUCAAAUAAAGCGCAUUGGUGAUAGGAACGCUUGAACAAAUCAAGCCAAGAAAAUAGGUUGUAGAGAGGAAAUCAACAUGGAUCAAACAUUGUCGAGAGAAUAAGAGUGAGUACUCAACAGUGCACCUUGUACUAGAAUUAUAUUAGACAUAUAACUUGUAUUACAAGAGUGCCGCAUCUUAUGUCGGUCACAAGGAACUCAACUUUUGUUGUACUCUUUCUGGUAAGUGGUAAGUACACUAGUUACUUUCUUUCUUUCUUUUUUCUAGAGAAUCAGCUUCUCUUUUUGUUUGAUAGGUUAGGUUAUCAAAUGCUUUGGGUAUUUGAUUCUCAUCCAAUAACGCUUUAUUUAUUUUAUUUAAUUUUUUGAA